AUGAGUCUCAAUAUCAGUUUCGCGAUUUUCCUUCUGGGUUUGGCUCUCAGCCAGGCCAUCCCAACCAGGAAGAUCGAGGAGUCGCUGACCAAGUCGAAUCUGAAGCUAGAAGAGACCGGUGAAGAGGUGGAGAGAUCCAAGAAGUCGGUCGUGUGCCUGGAUUCUGGAAGCAUGACUCCCCAACUGCAAUCUUACAACAUCCAAACGGCACCUCAAGUUCAGACUCUCAGCAUUCAGCCUGCGGGACAAAGCGUUCAAACGUUGAAUAUCCAGGCUAUACCUCAGCAAGUUCAUACCCUCAGUAUCCAAUCUGUUCCACAGCCUAUUCAGACAGUGAGCGUGAUCCAACCACCUGCCCCAGCCAUGAAGCUGAUUCAACAUCCACCCAAUCCUUGCCCUCCGAGCCAAACUAACGUGAACAUAAUCCAACCCUUAAAGGAAGAAAAGCCCGUAAAGGUCAGGCCUCCAGUAAUCGAAGCCAUUGUGCAUGAGAAGAUAAUUAAGUCUGAACCCAAACCAGAGAAGCUAGUCGUUCCCAAGGUGGAGAAGCAGAUAAUGAUGCCUACAAUGCCUGUUUACGAGGAACAGGUGGUUAUGGUUCCCCCGAAGCCUAUGAUGCUGGUGGCUGAAGCAGAGCCAAUGACUAGCUGCGUCAAAGAGCCACAUUGCCAUACUUGCCAGCAAGCUGUCAUGCAAUGUUCCUGCAAGUCCCAUGGUGUGCCUGCUAUGAGACCUGCAGUCAUGGUGGAACCAGCCAUGCAUCUUGUGGAAGUCAGGGAACGUCCUGUUGGCCGUCACAUGCUGACACCGAUGCACCGAAGUUUAAUACAUAAUUGCCAAUCGCUCUCUGUCUCGUUCCGUGCUUCACGGUCCGGAAUUUCAGUAUCAACUUCAGCGGUAACGGGGCUGCUCGAGUUCGUGAUACUACUGGCAUUAACCGGAGUCCUAGCCUCUGUCGCUGCUGUGCUACGUUUGAUGGAACUGACCAUCAACCUGAUUCAUCCACUAACCGUUUUUGUGCUCCAUCAGUUUGGCAAAUUGAUAAUUUUUGGGGCAGGUCAGAGUAAAAGGCUAACGUCCCACGCAUUCGAGAAGAUUCGUACGAUGGAUUGUGGUCGCACACCGCUGGUGCAAAUAAAUAUGCGCCAACCAUACGUUUGCUACUACAGAAGUGCUAUACCAGGCUUGGUCGAAGAAACGUAUCCCCUGAGGUUGGAUUCCGAAAUGACGGAGGAACAGGCUAGCACUGCACAGGCUGCUGACGGAAAUGAAAUUAAAGAGCACGAGAUUCAGAACGAGGAGAAAACCAUUGUCGAAGAAGAAAUAACGUCUAUUUCCGAUCAGCCUGGUGAGAAUAACGAAGUCCAGGAAGAACUAUCCACUUCUGCUCAGAUUGAAGACGCUGAUGGGACUGAGGCGACCGAAGAACCCGAGGAAGUGACUACAGCUUGA